GGCUGUCCCCUUCAAAAGCGGUUUUAAAAUCUAAAUGUCAGUCCCGUUGCCUCUUGAGGAUUUUCUUUGGGGUCCCAGAGGGAGUUUUACGGUCAGUGGUCACCUAUUGUGCUUUCUGUCAACGCGCAGAGGUAGAUCUUUCAUAGAAUCUUUUCCAUUUUCGCCCGGCUGUCCAGAGCGAACACUGAUGGGGUGAUAUUCUUUUCUGCGUACCAUCACUGUUUAAUGACGGUAUGUUUAGCAGACACCGCGUCAUACCCUUUGACUCUCAGAGGUUCCCCGAUGCUCCAGUACCGCUUUACGUCGCUCAUCCUGCCCUGUCUAUCUAGGAGGAGGAGGAGUAUUAACGACGAACCAGGAUGGAGAGGCGAGCAGAGCAGCAUUUUGUGCAGCCUGCAGCGCAGCUGAAAUGCGAAGAGGCGGCAGGUGCGACAGCAGGAAUCGUCAUCCUUUCCGGACCUGGAUAACUUCUGGUCCAAGUUCAUCCUUCACCAGUCACUCCUGAUCAACGUGUACAAUAUGCAGCGGUUUGAGAGCGAUUUAUGUCUGAUUCGGCUAAUUAUAGCUGCUCGGAGAGUGGCAAAGAAAUAACGGAAGAGAGGGUUUGCUAAAACCGAAUUAAAGAAAACAUUUUUUAUUUUAAUUAUUUACAGAAAUGUAUUUGUCGAUAAAUUGUUUCGCGCACGUUUACCUGUCGGGUGUAUUACAGUCCAAAAUAUAUUUCAUUGGGUGAAGAAAGAAAGGCGUACGAACUGCUCAUGGGGAAUCAAGCAGGUUCAGAUGACGAGAUUAAUAGUUUAUCCUUUAUUGAUAGCUCUUAAGAACAGUAGCCUGGUAUUUUAGAUGUGCUCUUUUUAAAAUUUUAAAAAUUUUAUUUAAAAAAAUAUCAUUCCGCAUAUUGAUUUGGUUUUGUUUGGAUUUACUGACCACGCUUAUGCCAGAUUUCUGACACGAUGUCCUGAAUGUGCAUCUGUCACCGUGCGCUAAAUAUCUUUCCGGGUUUUUUUUUUCUGAGCAGGAAGAACUGCAAUGUGUUGGAUCACUAGCACACACGAAAACCGCAUUUGAGAGCGGACGGAGAACACCGGAGAAACAACGAGAGCUAAUUGUGGACUCCCAGAUCACUGAUGAAGUUUAGCGGACGAGAGUCCACGGCUAAUGCUUUUGACUGAAUACAGGGAGAAGGGCACGAGUUCCCCUCGGCUCUUUUGCUUCUGCUGCAAGAACAAGUGCGCGCGAGCUUUCUGCGUGGAACUGAAAAUAGACUGCAUCAUUUGCUAUUUUGAUUUGUGUAACUGGUUUAUGAUAUUGUCCGUCGUUCGUGAACAUGUGAAAAGAAAAGGUUUUUUAAAUCAUUUUGAGACGUGGGCGGUGAAGAGGAAUUUAACGCGAUUUCAGGAGCAGUGCGUUUGAGGAGAGAGCAGCUGGCCCCUCGCAACUUGUUCUCCGACGCAACUCUUGACGUGUGUUGUAAUUGACAGAGAGAAGGAGGAAUACGCAGGACACAGAAUAGACAUUUUGCUUGAACACAAGCCAAAAGCCACAAGGAAGGCCCAGAGAGGCAAGUAUGGGCUUGGUAAAGACGCAAGGGAAAAGCGCGUGACAGACAGUUGAGGUUUGAGCGAAUAAAUCAGUGGUGUGUAGAUGGUGCGGGGGAAGAGCGGGGAAGGAAGAUUUACUGAAGCGCGUUGCGGGCUAACGGAUGCGGUGCUGAGGGAACGAGAAAAUCAGCCGUAUUAGGGGUAUACUGCCUCGGAAACUGAGAUAUGAAAUGAAAUAUAUUUUUUCCUGGAGACUGACGGCUGCAGAAAAUAAUUAUUUAUGGGGUGAAGAGGGGACAAGGGUCUGGCGCGCGGUGGAAACGGGAAAGAGCGGGAGCGGGGCCAGUUCCGUUAGUGAAAGCUCCCACCUCGCCAACCCUCUGAGAUAUGUAAAAAUGUAAUCUGCUGUUCAUUGGGAAUCCAUCCUUUUUCACCUUAUCCUACCUCUUCUUUUCGAUUUUCGGGAACAGAUUUUCUGUGUGGGACGGGUUGAUGGAGACCGCAUUUUGACGCGUUUCUCUUGUCACGGGACUCGUUUGCUUGCAGGCAAACACGGAAAAUGAACUAUUCUAGCCAAACGAGAAGACGGAUCCACCUCUGACUGAAAGUGUUAUUUAAAAAAUGUAUAGUCUGUUAGUCGAUAAAUGCAGAGGCGUUUAGGAGAUAAUCUGUCUUGCUGAUAUUUGCGUUUCAUCUGUUCUCUAAACCAUCUUUCAAUAUCCUUCGUUUUGUGUUGUACAAAAAAUUACAAGGAUGUCAAAACUGAUUUUAUGUAAGUGCACGCGCACUAGCCUGCACUCCUCUGACUCUUGCUCCAGUCUCAGCCCUUUAUAACUCUGGAGUGCAGAUUGUUGGGGUGGAUGAGCAACAUUUACAGAAAUAGCCAGCAGAGAGCCAAAGCGGGGUAUCACGGAGGGAUAGUGCUUCUCUUUCAUCCCGCCUUUUAGGAUACUGUGCCUGGAUGGACAGCUUGUUCACCGACUGAACCACGAAAACAAAAUGUCCAAAACCUCCUACCCUUUGCCCUUCACAACCCUGACUUUCUCUCCCAGGAGCUCUUGCACAGGUGAAGAUGGAGAGCUAGUGAACACUGAUGAUUAAGACUUUUGGUUCCAACUUUUGGACUCCUCAAACUUCAGAAUGACUUAUUUCUUUGAGACCUCCGUGCCGUAGAUGUAGAAGAGAAAAUCGCCCAUUGUUUCCUGUCUGGUCUCCAGGUUGGUAGAAGUGUGUCGAUUGUAACCAAGGAAACAUCACUAACUCUGUGAAGAGAGUCACUUAGGAGUAGGGUGAACCCCCAAACGAAGUAGGGUGAACCUCUUAGGGUAGUGGGAUGAAAUUGGGGCUUUGUCAUCCCUGAGAACCUGUCUCAAAAUUCUUCUCCCCCCCACUUAUUAGUGGGGGGGAGGGGGACUAAUAACUGUGGGUUGGGUUCUGAAUUUUUAAAGAGUUGCAGACCAGCACUUGGGGGCGUGGCCAUGGAAACUGGUCAGGUCAACCUUGACAGCCCCAACCGGGCGCUGGAGUACCUCCUGGAGCUCAACAACAUCAUCGAGAGCCAGCAGAAACUUCUGGAAUCCCAGCGCCGUCGCAUCGAGGAGCUGGAGGUCCAGCUGGACCGCGUGAGCCAGGAGAACAAGGACCUGCGCCUGGACCGCCAUUCUCGCGGUCCCGAGCUGGCCAGGACCGCCCCCCACCCUCCCGGCCCCGCCCUGCCCGCCAACCCUCCAGCCCCCUCCCAGCCUGCCUACUCCCAUAAGAGCGUCGCCGGGCCUGGCUCGGCCCCUGCACCGCCGGCCGUGGGGCGGGAACGACGCCCCCACGCCCGGCUGACCCGCGGCCUCUCCUGUGGAUCCGCCGGCGGCGACUGCGAGCGCCUGGAACGAGCCGACAGCCCCGGGUCUGCUUCCGCCACCUGCCCGCCCGCCACCCGCCUCAGACAUGUGGAAGGUGACACCCAGAAUUCAGAGCCAGGUGGUGUCCCGGAAAGCCAGGCCCCAUACAGGCGUGGGCCGGACCGCUACGGCGACGGCAGCGGCCCCCGCGGGCCCCCUGUGGCCCCCCCGAGCCCCGCCAGCAUAGCGUGGGCCCAGCGGACCCGCCACCAGCCCGCCAGCCUGGCGCUCCGAAAACAGGAGGAGGAGGAGAAGAAGAAGUGCAGGGCUCUGUCCGACAGCUAUGAGCUCUCCACCGACCUCCAGGACAAGAAGGUGGAGAUGCUGGAGAGGAAGUACGGCGGCUACUUCCUCAGCCGCCGGGCGGCGCGCACCAUCCAGACGGCCUUCCGCCAGUACCGCAUGAACAAGAACUUCGAGCGCCUGCGCAGCUCGGCGUCGGAGAGCCGCAUGACGCGCCGCAUCGUCCUGUCCAACAUGCGGCUGCAGCACUCCUUCGACGAGCGCCACCCGCAGCCCUGCUACGGCGAGGCCUCCCCGCCCGCCACGCCGCAGUCGCCGUCCUGCCGCCCCGAGCCCCAUCGUCAGCCCGAGCGCCUGGAGUACACGCACCUGGAGGACUCCUUCUCCAAACAGGUGAAGUCUCUGGCGGACUCCAUCGACGACGCCCUGACGUGCCGCCCGGGCCGGGACGACUCCCGGGAGGGCAGCGCGGAAGGGGGCGGGGCCGGCGACGGCGACGGCGACGAGUUCGGCGAGUGCGCGUGGAGCAGCAGCAGCAACCCGCCGUCGUCGUCGCGCCGCGGCGACCGGGAGCGCGGCGGCGGGGGCGGCGGCGGCGGCCUGAGCAUGCACGAGGACAGCACCGCCACGUCCUACAGCGACGUGACGCUCUACAUGGACGACGGCCUGCCCUGCUCGCCCCUCUCCCUGGACCGGGCCCCCAGCAGCACCGACACCGAGUACUGGGGCCCCGGGGGGGGCCUCGGGGGGGGCGGGGGGGGCCGCGAGGACAGCCGCGACACCGAGGGCGGGGGCAGCAGCAACAGCCGGCGGAGCAGCCCGUGCACGGACUGCCGGGACUACCGGCUGCGGGCGGCGCACCUGCCGCUGCUCACCAUCGAGCCGCCCAGCGACAGCUCGGUGGACAUGAGCGACCGCUCGGACCGCGGCUCGCUCAGCCGCCAGCUGGUCUACGAGCAGGAGGGGGGCGCGGGGUCGCCCCAGGGCACGCUCAAGCACAACCCCAACGCCCGCUCGCCCGGCUCCUCCUCCUCCUCCUCCGCGGCGGCCGCCGCCGCCAUCGUCACCGCCGCCGCCGCCGCCGCCGCCCAGGGCCAGACCCGCACCCCCAGGCCCCUCCCCUCCCCCAUCCCCUCCCAGAUCCCGCACCUCCACCACCACCACCACCACGUCAUGCACCACCACCUGCACCAGUACCCCGACGCGCCCGCCCCGCCCCCGCAGCUGCCCCCGGCCGCGCCCCUGUCCUCCUCCGGCUCCGCCCCCGUGGCGCCCGGCGGCCUGGAGCAGCCCUGCUGCUCUGACGGGGACAACGACUCGCUCAACUCCACCACCAACUCCAACGACACCAUCAACUGCAGCUCGGGCUCCUCGUCCCGCGACAGCCUGCGGGACCCGAUGCCCUCCCUGGGCAAGCAGACCUACCAGCGGGACAGCCGCCACAGCUGGGACUCGCCCGCCUUCAACAACGACCUGGUGCAGAGGAGGCAGUACCGCAUCGGACUCAACCUCUUCAACAAGAAGCCGGAGAAGGGGAUCCAGUACCUGAUCGAGCGGAGCUUCGUGUCGGACACGCCCGUGGGCAUCGCCCGCUUCAUCCUGGAGCGGAAGGGCCUGAGCCGGCAGAUGAUCGGGGAGUUCCUCGGCAACCGACAGAAGCAGUUCAACAAGGACGUGCUGGACUGUGUGGUGGAUGAGAUGGAUUUUUCUGGAAUGGACCUGGAUGAUGCCCUGAGGAAGUUCCAGGCUCAGAUCAGAGUUCAGGGGGAGGCUCAGAAGGUGGAGAGACUCAUAGAGGCCUUCAGUCAGAGGUACUGUGUGUGCAACCCUGCUCUGGUCAGGCAGUUCCAGAAUCCUGACACCAUCUUCAUCCUGGCCUUCGCCAUCAUCCUCCUCAACACGGACAUGUACAGCCCCAACGUCAAGCCUGAGCGGAAGAUGAAGUUGGACGACUUCAUCAAGAACUUGAGAGGGGUGGACAAUGGACAGGACAUCAACAGAGACCUGCUGGUGGGGAUCUACCAGCGCAUCCAGAAGUGGGAGCUGCGGACCAACGACGACCACGUGUCCCAGGUGCAGGCGGUGGAGCGGGUCAUCGUGGGCAAGAAGCCGGUCCUGUCCCUGCCCCACCGCAGGCUGGUGUGCUGCUGUCAGCUCUACGAAGUGCCCGACCCCGGCCGACCCCAGAGGGGCGGGGUGCACCAGAGAGAGGUGUUCCUCUUCAACGACCUGCUCGUGGUCACUAAGAUUUUCCAGAAGAAGAAGACAUCGGUGACGUACAGUUUUAGGCAGUCCUUUCCCCUGGUGGAGAUGCAGGUUCACAUGUUCCAGAACUCAUACUACCCCCACGGUAUCCGUCUGACCUCAGCCAUCCCGGGAGGGGAGAGGAAGGUUCUGAUCGUGUUCACGGCCCCGAGCCAGCAGGACCGCACCCGCUUCACCAGCGACCUGCGGGAGAGCAUCGCCGAGGUGCAGGAGAUGGAGAAGUACCGAGUGGAGUCGGAGCUAGAGAAGCAGAAGGGCGUGAUGCGGCCCAGCCUCCUGAGUGCGGGAGUGGUGGGCGGAGCCGGUGGAGGAGGCGGAGUGAAGAACGAGGUGGUGAACGGCACUCUGGGACGGCCCAGCCUGGAUGACAGCUACUCCGGAGGAGAGGGACUGAAGCGCACUGCACUCAGCUCCUCUCUGAGAGACCUCUCUGAGACAGGGAAACGUGGUCGCAGAAACAGCGUGGGUUCCCUGGACAGUACUAUGGAAGGUUCGGUCAUUAGCAGCCCGCAGACUCAACAGCGCCUCCCCAUGGCGGGAGGAGUGCUCGGCUGCUAUGGCCUCGAAGAGUUCCGGCCUCAACACCCCAUCCUGAGCCCCGGAGUGGGGGUGGGGGGGGGGGCCGGGGCAACAGCACAGUGCUGCUGGGACAGCAGGUGGGGGCGGGACCGUCCCCAGCAGCACCAACGAGAGGGGGGCGGGGCUGGGGGCGGGGCCGGCGGCGGGGAUGGGGAGCGGGUCAUUCCUGGGCUCCCUGUUUGGGAGCAAGCGCUCCAAAGCCCCCGGCCCCAUUAUCCCCCCGGGACCACUCUACCCCGCCCCCGUGCCGCCCCCCACUACGGGGGGCCCGCCCCCACACUCACCCUCCGAGGGAGGGGGGCACUCCAAGAUCCAGGCCCUGCAUGCCCAGUACUGCCACGCGGGCGGUGGGCAAGCCCCGCCCCCUUACCACCAUCACCACCGCUACCACGUGCAGACCAUUCCUCCGCCCGCCCCUGGCCACGCCCACCACAUCAUGCACCGUGGCUCCCUGCCCCGGCGUCCACCCGCACCCUGCCACGCCCAGCUGGUCCAGCAUUCCCAGCAUGCUUUGCAGGGUCGGUACGGCAACAUGGGCGCCGGCUGCCCGCCGCCCCCCCUUUCUCCUCUCUCCCCGCUCUCUCCGGCCCCCCAGUUCGCCCUCUACCACACCCAGCCGCCACACUCCGCCAAGGGGGGAGGGCCUGGCGGGGGUGCGGGGCCUGGCAAGCUGCCCCUGGGGCUGGCACACUCCCACCCGGGCCACGGCCACAGCCCCCAUCCCACACCCUCCUCCGCCCAUCAGCCUCACUUUGUCUUCGCCGCCCCGCCCGCCCAGCCCCCGCCGGGGGCCUCCACCGCUGCCCGCCAUUUGCCGCCGGGCGGCCAGUAUCUGCCCCAGUACCCUCCUCUUUCCUCCAUCCCCCCUCCCCCCCCCCACACCCCGGGCAGCCUCAGCAGGCGGCGGGUUCGCAGGCGGGACAGGGGGGAGGCCCAGGGAGUACCGGCACGGCGGGCAGCUCCAAAUCCAAGCCUAUCAACCGGAUCAGCACGGUAGUGUGA